CUCGCAGCUGCGUGUCCGUGUUCUCAGGUGACUCUGACACGUUCCCACACACACCGAAGACACCGAUACUCAGGUGUUUACGUUGAUGGAACAGAUUAAAGCGACAAACUGAGAUCAACCGCUGAGGUCGGCGACGUGAAAAAAACUUUGAUGGAGCGUUACGAGUCUCUGGGUCCGGUCGGGGAGGGCAGUUACGGCACCGUGCUCAAGUGCCGUCAUCGACACUCCGGUCGCUUGGUCGCCAUAAAGAAAUUCUUGGACUUGGAAGAUGAUGAGACGGUGAAGAAGAUCGCCCUCAGGGAAAUCAAGCUGCUCAGGCAACUGCGUCACGACAAUCUGGUGAACCUCCUGGAGGUGUGGAAGCGCCGCCGUCGCUGGUACCUGGUGUUUGAGUUCGUGGACCGGACGCUUCUGGAUGAACUGCAGCAGUGCUCAAGCGGGUUGGACCUUAACACCUGUCGGCAGUACUUAUUCCAGGUCCUUAGAGCUGUCAACUUUUGUCACCAGCAAGAUGUCAUCCAUCGUGACAUCAAACCUGAGAACAUCCUCAUCUCUCAAGAGGGUGUGGUCAAACUGUGUGAUUUUGGCUUUGCCCGAACCAUUGCAUCGCCCUCUGAAGGUGGUGUCUAUACCGACUACGUAGCCACUCGUUGGUACAGAGCUCCCGAACUGCUUGUAGGGGACAUCAAGUAUGGAAAACCGGUGGACGUUUGGGCGCUGGGUUGUGUGUUAAUAGAAAUGCUGACCGCACAAGCUCUGUUUCCCGGAGACUCCGACCUUGACCAGAUAUACCACAUUGUCAGAUGUUUUGGUAACUUGACGGCUCAUCACCAGGAGUUAUUUUACAGAAAUCCAGUCUUUUCUGGAGUUAAACUACUUGAGUGUUCAAAAAUUGUCCCACUGCAACAACGCUUCCCCAAAGUUCCACCAACCGCCCUGGAUCUGGCACAGAAAUGUCUAGGCAUGGACCCAAAAAUACGAGCUACGUGUUCAGACCUGUUAGAGCAUCUUCUGUUUACUCAAGACUCUUUCAACAUCAGAUUUUUAAAUGAGCUGAACACAAAAAUUCAAAAAGACCAGAGAGAAAACUCUACACUUCCCAAAAUACCCAUGACACUGCCAGAAAAAGAUAAGGGGGAGGAUAAAAACUCCAAAACCAAAGACAAGAAACAAUCAGAAGAAACUGAAGAGAAAGUAAACAAGGAUAAGACAGAGAAAACAAAGGGAAAACAACCAUGCAAGCUGUCUAAAUCUAUUCAUACCACCAAUGAAUAUAUUAUGACCAAACAACCGAAAACAUUUGGCAACAAGGACGUCUAUCACACAGAGCAGUUUUCAAUGAAACCAGAAAAAUCCCCUGGUUCAGAGUUAAAGGAGUUUGAUAUGUUAAAGUCAACUAAAAUCUGUGUCUCUGACUCAUCAGAUGUCACCAAGAAAGCUGUAAGCUUAAAGAAAAAAACUUCAGUAGCAACAAAACCUAAAAAUGAACCUGAUGUGUCUAUAGACUCAACCAAAGACUAUCUUCAGAAGGCCAAAGAUAUAGACUACAGCGACCUGGACAAAGAGAAAACCAUGAAGCUCUUCGGGGAAUCAUCUAAAUCUGAGACAAACGAAGAGUUUGUCAGGAACUCAAGCAACCCUAGCUUAAAAGUUUGUAAAUUAUCUAAACUUUCCAUCAGUGAUGGUCGAAGUUUAAAUUUAUCCCCAAAAACCGUUUUGGAAUCGGACACAAGUGUAACACCUACAUAUCCUCUACCAUCCUUCAAUGACUUUACUACCCCAACAAUGGCCGAUGUCACAAAGUCAGGAAAGACAAGUUUGACAUCAAAGUUUCAGAUUGAGGUAUUGGAAACUAAUGCAAAGCACGACUCCUCUGAAUGUCCGAAAGCCAAACAAAAAAGCUUUAGGAAAUCCCAAACUACACAAAACACUCAUAACACCUCAUUCAGUCCUUCAAGGGCUGCUGCAGAUGUUUCCAAACAGUCAUUUACACCUGUUACAGAAACCAGUGCUGCCCACAACCUGUCCACCCUACCUCGAGGAAUCUCACUUCCAAAAACAAAGACUCUUUCAAAAGACAAGGAUCCCACUGAUGACCAGGAUGUUAGGAAGUAUCACAGAUUCUUGAAGCUCAAUCCAAUGACAGAAACUCCAACUAAACCUAUUUGGUUGCCCCAUGAUUCAGAUGGAGAACCUGAUUCAUCAGAGCAUUAUUUUUCUAAUUGGCAAAGCAAUAUGAUUGCAGCAGAAGAUAAAGUUACCUCAACCCUUGUGCCAAAUGAAAACUUACCAGUGGAAAAAGCUCUGACAUUGUCAGUGCAAGAGAACCAAGAGGAUUCAGCCAUUAGGGUGUGCAUUAGUUCAACAGCUAAUGCCUUAAUGAAUAAAACCUUAAUGCUUCCUGAAAGGUCACCUAUUGACAAAAGGAACAAUAGCAGUCAGGAGUUCAAAUUUGAUGCAAAGUCUUUGAACAUUUUUCACUUUAAUCAGAACCCAACAAUGUCUCAAUUGUUUGGUGAUCACACAAGGUUCCUGAUGAACCCCAAGAAUCAAAAAACUGUAUUUACUCCAGAUGGAAGGAAGAAAAGCAACAAGCUAGAAGGAAACAACACAAAUAUGUCCUCUGAUUUGACUUCAGUCAUGUCUAUGGAUCACAAAGCAUUGACGAGAAGUCUCAUCCUUCAUGAAAGGGACUCUACAGACGCUGAUGUAUUUAAUCACAGUGCAGCCCGAUCAUGUACACCUCCUCCUCCUGCACCUGCUACCAAUCUCCUUCACCUCCCUCCAUCUUCCAGAACCCCUACCCCUUCCAUCUUUGUCUCCAGUGCCAACAGGCCUGCUGCCAGCGAUCACCUUCAGGGAGGAAGUUUUCAUACCGGGAUCAACAGUCUGUGGAAUUUAGUUAAACCAAUAUGUUAUGGUCAUGGUCGACAGGACCAACAGUUUGGACCGAACCAGGCCACAAGGUCCUUCAGCUUGCAGGCACGAGAAAAGAGUUUUGUAAGUGAAAGGUCUAAAAACAUCGUCCAUUUGCCAGAUGUAAGAACCUCAGUUUUGCCGGAGCUCAGUGGAAAAGAAGCCAAACAGAGCAAAGGUGCUACCAAGGAACAGAGGACAGAAAAGACUCCAGUCUCACUCAGUCCACCAUCAGAAGGACAACAUGGACAAAACUUCAACACAAAUACACCAAAACAGACGGAGUAAAAGGAGUUUACUCCCAAAC